AUGCCCUCACCAUCAAACACCACCCAAGAUGACCUCCGCGCUCGAUCCAUCCCCCAUAUGACCCUCUCAACCGGCGACACCUCCUCAAUGACCGGUCCUCCCCCGCCAAUGCCCCACUACCUCACCUCCGAAGGUCGAGCAAUCAAACGCUUCGCCGUCGAAGGCAACGCCAUCUUCACAGGAGGCGCCGGAACCCUCGCCCUCGUGAACGCUCGUGCUUUACUCGAACACGGCCUCUCCGGUCUGGCGCUAUUUGAUCUGGAUCACUCGAAAUCGGCCCAGGAAAUCCAGGCGCUGAAGGCAGACUUCCCAAACGCGAGGGUGUUGUCGAUCAAAGUGGAUGCCACAAACGCAGAGCAAUUGGCGUCGGCCGUCAAGCUCACGGUUUCGGAGCUCGGAAGCGUGGAUAUACUAUGCUGUUUCGCCGGCGUCGUGGGAUGCACGCACGCGAUCGACAUGGCGCCCUCGGAGUGGAAAUCAAGACUGGAAAUCAACACCACCGGCUCCUUUCUCUCCGCGCAAGCUGCUGCUCGCCAAAUGAUCGCCCAAAACACCGGCGGCAGCAUCCUCUUCCUCGCCUCCAUCUCCGCCCACCGAACCAACUACCCGCAACCCCAGGCCGCGUACAACGCCUCCAAAGCGGCCCUGCUGUCGCUGAAGUACUCCCUCGCGGCCGAGUGGGCCGUGCACGGCAUCCGCGUCAACAGCGUGAGCCCGGGGUAUAUGGAUACGGUGUUGAAUGAGGGGUCGGGACUGGAGGAGGCGCGGAGGACGUGGGGGGAGCGGAACCCGAUGGGCAGGAUGGGCGUGCCGGAGGAGUUGACGGGGGUGGUGGUGUUGCUUUGCUCGCAGGCCGGGGGGUAUGUGAAUGGGGCGGAUUUGGUGGUGGAUGGGGGGCAGUGUUGUUUUUAG